GUACAAAAACAAAACUAUUUACAAACAGACGCAAAUAUUAAAUUUUUGCUUUGCUUGUGCUAAACAAAAAUGCGGCUUGUUAACUUGGCUAUAAUAUGCAGUUUUUUAAUAGCUACAAGCCUGGCUUAUAAACCUGUGGUCAUACUACAUGGCAUUCUAUCUGGCGCCGAGUCCAUGUCAUUCUUGGAAAGAUUCAUACAAGCGUUGCAUCCUAAUACAACAGUUUAUAAUUGUGAUAAGUUCAGUGGCUGGAAUAGCUUGGAGAAUGCCUGGUGGCAAGUUGUACAGAUACGAGAUUAUAUAGAUCAAAUUGGCCGACUGCAUGCGGAGGGUAUCAUAGUGCUGGGCUAUUCACAGGGGGGACUGCUGGCAAGAGCAGCAAUACAAAGUCUGCCCAAUCAUAAUGUUAAAACAUUUAUAUCGCUCUCUUCACCACAGGCUGGUCAAUAUGGAACUAGUUUUCUACAUUUGAUAUUUCCUGAUUUGGCGGCCAAGACCGCCUUUGAACUGUUUUACUCACGCGUGGGUCAACACACUUCAGUGGGUGGUUACUGGAACGAUCCACACAAGCAGUCGCUAUACAUGAAGUACAGUGAAUUUCUGCCGCUGGUGAACAAUGAAAAGCUAAGCAGCAACUCCACAAUAUUCAAAGCGGGCAUGAUGCGUCUGAACAAAUUGGUGCUCAUAGGUGGACCCAAUGAUGGCGUCAUAACCCCAUGGCAAUCUAGCCAUUUUAGUUACUACAAUGAAACUUUGGAUGUGGUGCCUUUUUAUGAGCGCAAAAUCUAUGCAGACGAUUCAAUUGGUUUAAAGACUUUGUUUGAAGCUGGUAAAUUAAUAAUAAUUGUAAAGCCAAAUGUGCAUCAUUUAACUUGGCAUAGAAGUCAUAAGGUAAUCAAACAAGUUAUAAUGCCUUAUUUGGAUUAAGUGCGGUAAAAAGUUUAGCUGGCUGUGAUGCAUAACAAAGGAACUGAACAGAUAUUUACACAAAUUAAUGCUAGUUACAUUUUAUAGCAUUAAGUUUAUUUUGACAUUUUAGUUACAUUUUAU